GAGCAAUCAGGAAGGGAUGAGGAGACCCAAGGAUAGAAGUGAAAUAAGCUGAUAAGGUCGAUACAGAGUAGAAGACACUCUCUUCUUUACUUCUUCUUCUAUCUUUUAAAAUGGCGAUGACUCCGGUCGCGGCAUCAUCACCAGUUUCAACGUGCCGUCUCUUCCGCUGCAAUAUCCUCCCUGAUCUCGUACAUAAGCCUCCAUUUCUCCCCCUCACCAAACGUAACAGAGCCGCGUCGUGCCGCUUCACUGUACGUGCCUCCGCCAGUGCUACCGUCGAAUCCCCUAACGGUGCCGUCGCGUCGACAUUAGAGACGGAGACGGAGGAGAACACCUCCUAUGGCCGUCAGUUUUUCCCUUUGGCCGCUGUGGUUGGCCAGGAAGGCAUAAAGACUGCUCUUUUACUUGGUGCUGUUGAUCGUGAAAUCGGAGGGAUUGCUAUUUCAGGUCGUAGAGGCACUGCAAAAACAAUCAUGGCACGAGGGCUACAUGAAAUCCUCCCUCCUAUAGAAGUUGUUGUAGGCUCAAUAUCAAAUGCUGACCCUGCCUGCCCAGAUGAGUGGGAAGACGACUUAAAUGAGCGAAUAGAGUACAAUGCUGACAAAACUAUUAAGACUGAGAUUGUCAAAUCUCCUUUCAUUCAGAUCCCUCUAGGAGUCACAGAAGAUAGACUCAUUGGGUCUGUUGAUGUUGAGGAGUCUGUUAAAAGAGGGACAACUGUUUUCCAACCUGGUCUUUUGGCUGAAGCACAUAGAGGGGUGUUGUACGUUGAUGAAAUAAAUCUCUUGGAUGAGGGAAUUAGUAAUUUGCUUCUCAAUGUAUUGACGGAUGGUGUUAAUAUAGUUGAAAGAGAAGGAAUAAGUUUUAGACACCCGUGCAAGCCACUUUUAAUUGCGACCUAUAACCCUGAAGAAGGUGCUGUUCGAGAGCACUUGCUAGACCGUGUUGCCAUUAAUUUAAGUGCAGACCUUCCUAUGAGUUUUGAGGAUCGCGUCGCAGCUGUGGGAAUUGCCACACAGUUCCAGGAACGCUGUAAUGAGGUUUUUAAAAUGGUCAACGAGGAGACAGAAACAGCAAAGACGCAGAUUAUAUUGGCUAGAGAAUAUUUAAAAGAUGUCAAGAUAAGUAGAGAGCAAUUGAAGUAUCUGGUUUUGGAAGCUGUCCGAGGUGGUGUUCAGGGACACCGCGCCGAAUUAUAUGCAGCUCGUGUGGCUAAGUGCUUAGCUGCAAUUGAAGGGCGAGAAAAAGUCACAAUUGAUGACCUCAGAAAGGCAGUUGAACUGGUCAUUCUUCCUCGUUCAUCACUAGAUGAGACUCCACCUGAACAGCAAAACAACCCACCACCUCCUCCACCUCCUCCACAAAAUAGUGAAUCUGGAGAAGAAGAAAAUGAAGAAGAACAAGAAGAGGAAGAGGAAGAAAACAAUGAAGAAAAUGAGAAUGAGCAGCAACAGGACCAAAUACCUGAUGAGUUUAUAUUUGACGCUGAGGGGGGUCUGGUGGAUGAGAAACUCCUGUUCUUUGCUCAACAAGCCCAGAAACGUCGGGGCAAAGCUGGCAGAGCGAAGAACGUCAUAUUCUCAGAAGAUAGAGGACGCUAUAUAAAGCCAAUGCUUCCAAAGGGUCCAGUAAAAAGAUUAGCUGUGGAUGCAACCCUUAGAGCAGCUGCACCAUACCAGAAAUUGCGCAGAGAGAAGGAUAUAUCAGGAACUAGGAAAGUUUUUGUUGAGAAGCCAGAUAUGAGGGCCAAAAGAAUGGCACGGAAAGCUGGAGCCCUGGUUAUUUUCGUGGUUGAUGCUAGUGGCAGUAUGGCAUUGAAUCGUAUGCAAAACGCCAAAGGUGCCGCACUCAAACUACUGGCAGAGAGCUAUACUAGCAGAGAUCAGGUUUCGAUUAUUCCUUUCCGAGGGGAUGCUGCGGAAGUGCUUUUACCCCCUUCGAGAUCAAUUGCAAUGGCAAGAAAUCGUCUUGAGAGACUUCCUUGUGGUGGUGGUUCCCCGCUUGCGCAUGGUUUAACAACGGCGGUAAGAGUGGGACUUAACGCAGAGAAGAGUGGUGAUGUCGGGCGCAUAAUGAUUGUUGCAAUAACUGAUGGUCGAGCCAACAUUACACUGAAAAGAUCAACUGAUCCGGACUCUAUUGCUGCAGAUGCUCCUAGACCCACGUCCAAAGAAUUGAAGGAUGAGAUUCUGGAAGUUGCAGGGAAGAUCUACAAGGCUGGGAUGUCACUUCUAGUGAUUGAUACUGAGAACAAGUUUGUUUCAACUGGUUUUGCCAAGGAGAUCGCAAGAGUUGCUCAAGGAAAAUAUUAUUACUUGCCAAAUGCUUCGGAUGCUGUUAUCUCGGCCACCACGAGGGAUGCACUGUCUGAUCUGAAGAAUUCUUGACCUCAUUUGUCUGCAAUACUUGGUUGUAUGAUUCUGAAUCGCAGUGUAUAUUCUAAUUGUGCAACACAGUUCAGUCACUAAACAUAAACCUGAAGUUUAUAAGAGAUGAAAUUUUGUUUUAACAUGUAUGUAUUCUUACAAUAAAUUUCCGAAUUUA